CUGGAGCGGGGUCGUGUGUGUGUGUGUGUGUGUGUGUGUGUGUGUGUGUGUGUGUGUGUGUGUGUGUGUGUGUGUGUGUGUGUGCGCGCGCGCGCGUCCGUCCGUGCGCGCGCCCGUGCGUCUGGGCCGCGGGGGCAGGACAGUUCUGGAGCAGUGAGCGCUGCAGGGACCGAACCUGGGCUUGAAACGGACCGUGAACACAACAGAUGGGAAAAUAGUGGAGCAGCAGGUCACCGCUUCCUCACAAAGGCUGGAAGCUGCCGCUCAUCAGCCAUAAACACUGCUACAGGUUUAAAGCUCGGGACACUGUCGCUGCUGAACCACAGCGCUGAGUUGGUUUACUCUGCUGGAGUCCAGGUGUUGCAUCCACGGGGACCAGGUGGUGCCAGCCAUGGAGACGGACGGAGAGCAGAGCCAGCAGGGGGCCUCGACCAAUGGGAGCCCUGCGUCCGGGGCGAACUCCCGCCCCUCUCCCAUGAACUCCAUGUCUCUGUACGAGCGGCAGGCGGUGCAGGCGCUGCAGGCGCUGCAGCGGCAGCCCAAUGCAGCCCAGUACUUCCAGCAGCUGAUGUUGCAGCAGCAGAUCAGCAGUGCCCAGCUGCACAACCUGGCUGCUGUGCAACAGGUCAAGGCGACUCUGGCUGCCAGUCGCCAGUCGAGUCCUUCCAGCAGCAGCUCGUCUCAGACCAGCAGCACCACAGCUACCAGUGUAACAGCUGGAGCAGGGUCCACGACCAGCAGCCGUCCUGUGGGUGCGUCAGCAACAUCCACAAUCAGCCAAUCAGUGGUGCUCAGUGGCACAGCAGGGGGGCAGGGGCAGAUGUACCUGAGGGUCAAUCGCUCGCUGAGGGCCCCCAUCUCCUCGCAGCUCAUCUUCAUGCCCGGCAACGCGGCAACGGCUGCCGUGGCAACGGUCACCCAGCAGUCACAGAUUCAGCAACAGCAAGAAGGGACGCCAUCUUCCUCCGCAAGCAGCCAGUCAGAUAACGACCAGGUGCAGAAUCUAGCCUUGCGAUGCGUGUCCAGUCCCAAAGUGGGUGUUAAGACGGAAGCCCCAGAGAGGAGUGACUCAGCUGCCUAUUCCCUGGUCCAGACCUCCCCCCAGUCCUCCAUUAAGCCGAGCCAACCUCACCCCCAGCCCCCCCACAUCAAAAUCCCCACCUACCCUCAACCCACCAACCUCAAAGCCCAACCUUCUUCCUCGUCUGGUGCUUCCUCCUCCUCCUCCUCCUCCAUCCCUCUCUCCCAGCUCCUGCUUCACGGGACCCGGACCCUAACCACAGGGACCUCAGCCCCUGCAGCAGCACACACCUUAGUUCUGACAUCCAACGCAGCCUCUCAGGCCCAUGGCUACCCUGUUGGCACGGCGACCAUCAAGCCUGCGGUCAACGCUCAGACUCUGGUGGUGCAGCCUCUGCAGAAGACUUCUCUGGGUGGAGAGAAAUCAGGCAGCGGCCCCAUCCCCAUCCAGCCUAAAACUCUACAGGGGCUCCGUCUGCCCCUCCAGCUGCCGUCUAGAAACCCUCCUCCCAUCCUGCCCGCUCUCCCACCCACCAGCAGCUCCAUCCAGCCCCCCCAGCCGCCGCAUAUCCCGGUCCAGAUCGUUGGAGCCCGGCAGAGCACCCUGGGAAACGCCCAGGCUCUGGCUUUGGCCAGGGGCAGCUGCAGCCAGGACGGAGCGGCCGUGCUCACCAGCUCGUCCAGCCUGCUCACCAUGGUGGCGUCCAUCGCCUCCAGAGACGGAGGGAUCAUAAGCCGAGGCGUGGGCCUGAAGGCGCUGCAGUCGCCGCAGGAGGCUCCUCCGGUGGCUCCUCCGGUGGCUCAGGUCUCUCAGGUGCACCCGCAGGCCAAUCCAAGCUCCGCGCAGAGUCAGAACGGGCCCCUGGCUCCCGGUCCGGCCUCCUCCCAGUCCAGCUCCAUUACCUCUCCUCCACCCUCUCGGCCUCCCCCCUCCCUUCCCCUUCCCCUGACAACAGAGGAGCAGAGAGGAGCGUCAGCUGCUGUGACCACUAAUGGAGACUCUGCUGGAAGUCAAACACCACAGGGAAAGCAGAUUACUGGUUCUCUGAAGAGGAAGUCGGACUCGGUCAGUGACGAAGGCCCCUCUCCCGCUCGCAUCCAGCCUGUCAGGGAUCACCCCUCUGCACUCCCAGCCAAGCCCCCUGAAGCAGGUCCUGGAGCCGCUCCUCCUCCAGCCGCCUCCUCUCCCUCUCCAGUGCUGUCGGUGUCCCGGGGGGUGUGCGGUCAGGGAGAGAGAGCGCCUCCCCCUCAGGCCGUGGUCAAACCACACGUCCUCACUCACCUCAUCGAGGGCUUCGUCAUCCAGGAAGGGGCAGAGCCGUUCCCUGUUUGUGGUCCAGUCAAAGACUCGGCCGGAGAGGAUUUAACGAAUGACAGUCCGGACACAAACCAGACGGAGACGGUUACAACAGCAACAGUGCUGAAAUGCGAGUACUGUAAAAACUUUGCUCCUGCCAGCCAGUUCAGAGGCACCAAGAGAUUCUGCUCCAUGACUUGUGCCAAGAGUAUGUAUUGGUUCCCCAGGUACAACGUCAGCUUCAGGCAGCACUUCUGCGUGCGGCAGGGUCAAGGUCAGGAUCACAGGCCGGAUCGGGAGCAGGGCCAAGGUCACCUCUCCAACUCUGACGAGGAGGGAGGCGUCGCCAGGCGGAGGGUUCCCCGCAGGACCAGCUCCGAAAUAGCCAGUGCCAAGAUCGCAGGGAGACCCCUCCCUGUCAAGUGCCAUUCAGACUCCAGCCGCUCAGCCGAGGAGUCCAGCGGGGAGGAGGAUGAGGACGAACCCAUGUCCCUCUCACCUGCAUCCUCUGCUUCCUGUCACCAGCCGCCUCCCCUGCUCCCAACAGACAACCCUGCAGCCGGUUCCCCCCCCACCAGCCCCUCGCAGUGGAGUGUGGAGGACGUGUCACAGUUUAUUUCCUCGCUCCAAGGCUGUGAGGAGCUCGCCUCGCAGUUCCUGUCGCAGGAGAUCGACGGACAGGCCCUGCUGCUGCUGAAGGAGGAGCAUCUCAUGUCCACCAUGAACAUCAAGCUAGGUCCCGCCCUCAAGAUCUGUGCCCACAUUAACAAUCUGAGGGACUGACGGCAGCGUCUGGUCCAGAAUGAACCCCUCAAACUCGCAUGUGGAACCAGCUCACAGGGGUCGCGUUCUGCAGGUGAAUGUGUGUGGUACAGUUCAUUAUCACAAACAAAGCUGAGACUCCUAAACCCAAGCUGCAGCACAUGAAUCUGUUGUUGCUUUCUCUGCACUUGUGUUCGUCCACCCUGUUGGUACAGAAUGCCAGGUGUGUUUUAGGCAAUGUGCAGUUCAUGCAUCCAGAUGUGCUGUUUCUGCACAAAAUCUCAUUUCACAUUUUGGUUAAUAUGCACCAACCUUGUAUCUGUGUUCACAAAUGAUAAAUGAAGGAUUUGAAUGUUUUUUCUUUGUAUUGUGUAAUGAAUGAAUAAGGAAGAAUUUUAUAGAUGGAAUAGCACAAAAUUCUCUUAAGACCUUUACAUAUUAACCCCAGGAUUGAAAAAGGUUUGGAAGUUUCAAAAAUGGAAACUAAAAUUUGUGACAUUCGCUUGAAACUUUGUUCAACAAAAGUGCAAUGAAAACCUUUUUUUUUUUUUAAUUUUGUAAAUUAAGCAGAUCUUGAUAUUGAUGCCUGCAUCACCUGCAGGUAGAUGUGCUUUUAUCAGAUACUCAGCAAAUUGACUAAUCACUGCAUUUAGAGAGUGUUGUUGUUUCUUAAACUUGAUCUUUUUUCCCAUUGAAAAUCUAUAUUGGUUUUCUUUAUUUUGGGACUGUUUUAAUGGGUUUAUUUUACAGACAGGAUGUAACAAAUCAGUAUUUUGAAAAAGCAUGGGACAAUGAAAUGAAUUUAAUUAAUAGGCGACAUAUGUAAUAACUUCUGGUGUUGAGACCAUCAACACCAGAAUGAUUACAUCGAUGGAUGUUGUUGUUAGCUGCUGGUGGUGGAACUUUAAUUUAGAAGUGGUCUAUUCUGUCAUUUACAGGGUACAUAAGGGAACAGGGUUCUGACUGAGGAAUUACUGGACCAUGAAUUAAUGUUGUACAUAUGAACGUCAAAUUACUCAUGGGUCAGAGGGCAGAACAUGACAUUCAGCUUAAUACAUGCUGCUUGUUGAACUGUCCGGACAGGACAACAAAAGAGGGCAGAUUAGUGUUUGAUGGGUAAAUAUGGUGCAGAAAUACUCAUUUUUAUAUCAUUUAGGCAAAUGUCUUGUUUCAAGGCAGUGGACAUAAGUUUUACUGCAUCACCUUUACAAACCUUUUGUCAUUUGGAGUUUUGCACCCGGAACCUUAAGGAGAUUUUUUUUUAUCAUUUAGCAAAGGACUUACUGUUGAUAAUAUAACCUGCAUAUCCUGUGACUGUUGAGUUGCAUCGGGCAAAUUCAAUAUUGCCUCUUUCAGAUGGUACAAGCAGCUUGGGCUGUACAGCAAGUCCAUGAAGUGUAACGGCCCAGUAGCCUUGUGGACCUGUGUUAAUGACCCGUCAAAAUCAUACCUGAAUUAAUGAGUGUGCGAAUGAGAACCUUUAAACUCUACUGUCAAACGUGUACAGUCUGCCUUUCUAUUUAAAUGCACAUUUGUUUGCUGGACUGCCUUGUUUAAGCUUUUUACUGUAGGACUUUUCUCAUGUCUGUGAACCUUGUGGCCUUUCUCACUAGUCUCUACUGUAGGUUUAGAUGAGGAGUCUGUUUUCUAACUGCUUUUCAUGUCAUUCCUUGUUUUAUAUUAGUGUUUUUUUUUACAAUUGUUAUUUCAAGCAAUGACAUUUGUUGCCUUUCCAAAAGAGUGACUGACCAGUAGCGACCUUGAUGAAGGGAACUUGCCGUCUUCCUGGUAGCUUUGUCACAUAGCCUGUAACUACCAACAGCAUUUACCUGUGUAGCUAGUGAUCCUCGGCUUUGUUGUUAGUGACUGUGGCUCUUAGUGUUUUCUUUCUUAAAGGAUGGUAGUCUUUGAUAGCUCUGUUCAUAUUUUGCUGUCACCCCAGGAUUUUGGAGUCUUUAAAUCUGCAGCAUAUUGUGAAGACCAAAAACACUGCAUUGCAAGUGAUGUCAGCCACUGUUUCUUCGAGUCCUUGUAGUUCCCAGUGUCGUAUUUGUUAACACGCAGACUAUUGUAUCUCUGUUCAUUUAUUAUCCUUGUCAAAGGUAGUAGCACUUUUCUUACUAAAUAAUAGUGGGCUUUUUUUCUUUUGUGAUGCAGCUACUUCAAAAUCAAAAUGUUUUUGCUUGCAAUAAUCAAACUGCAAAAUCUUGGAGGUACUGAGUUAAAUGGGGAGAGGUUAACAAUACUAUCAUGCAAAUAAAUAAUCAAGGUUUCUAAAA